AUGCCUACGCACUACUUACUGUUGCUCUUUUUCACCGCAGACACGGCUCCAGAAAGUCAAGGUCACACGCAAUGCUCCGAGGUGAGGUGGCAGCGGUGUGCAGGCGAUGUGCGCCGCAGAUUUACUUACGCAAGACCUUCGACAGUCCGUGCAGCACACAAACAUUCUCGAACUUGCCUGCUCGCAGAGAGUGUCUUCCCGUGGGUGUAUGACUUGACAAAGAGCGCAGCACCCUCCUCCAACAAAUCGUUGACUCGUUGCCGCCGCUGCGAGCCUCCUCGGAACCCUUAG